CCAAACAGAGGAAACUAAGGAAGGACGUCACCGCCCCGAAACUAACAAGCGAGUGGGAGUCCCCUUUCCAAUGGGCAGGGAGAAGAGCCAAUGAACCCAGGCGGAAGAACGAGUAAAGGUGCGGCAGAACGAGCGCGGAAGAACGAGCAAGGAGCAAGGCGGAGCGUGGAACAAAGAGCAAGUAGCGGGGCGGAGCGUGGAAGAACGAGCAAACGAGUGCGGACGAACGAGCAACGUGCGGCAGAACUAGCAACGUGGGGCAGAACGAGCAAGGUGCGGCAGAACGAGCGCGGAAGAACGAGCAAGGAGCGGGGCGGAGCGCGGAAGAACGAGCAAACGAGUGCCGAAGAACGAGCAAGGUGCGGCAGAACUAGCAACGUGGGGCAGAACGAGCAAAGUGCGGCAGAACGAGCGCGGAAUAACGAGCAAGGCGGAGCGCGGAAGAACGAGCAAACGAGUGCGGACGAACGAGCAAGGUGCGGCAGAACUAGCAACGUGGGUCAGAACGAGCAAGGUGCGGCAGAACUAGCAACGUGGGGCAGAACGAGCAAGGUGCGGCAGAACGAGCAAGGUGCGGCAGAACGAGCGCGGAAGAACGAGCAAGGAGCGGGGCGGAGCGCGGAAGAACGAGCAAGGAGCGGGGCGGAGCGCGGAAGAACGGGCAAGGAGCGAGACGGAGCGCGGAAGAACGAGCAAGGAGCGGGCCGGAGCGCGGAAGAACGAGCAAGGAGCGGGGCGGAGCGCGGAGGAAGAACGAGCAAACGAGUGCGGACGAACGAGCAAGGUGCGGCAGAACUAGCAACGUGGGGCAGAACGAGCGAGGUGCGGCAGAACGAGCGCGGAAUAACGAGCAAGGUGCGGCAGAACGAGCGCAGAAGAACGAGCAAGGCAAGGCAGAACGGUCGCGGAAGAACGAGCAAGGUGCCCCAGAACGAGCCAGAACAAGCGCGGCAGAACGAGCGGGGUCGAUUCGAGAAAAGAAAUGAUAUUGGUCGUCGGCUCUUCGUCGAAUUGCUGUGGCUGGAAACGGCAUUGACUUUCUCUCAGGCUAAGCGGGCGUGAAGGAAGUUCUGGUCUUGGCAAACAGGUAUUCUGCAUAGUGACGUGGCAAAUGCCUCGACUCAGUGGCCGUGAGACGAGCUGUGAGGGGAAGAUUGGUGUGGACGCCCGCUUGUGCGGCCCCUAUGACAUGCGCUGAACACUGAGCAGAGGAACAUGUUGAACGUUUCUGUGUUUGUUACUAUGAGCUAAACGAGCGUGAGAACCGUUGUGGUCCUCACGAAUGAGCAGCACUUGUGCUUAGUUUUGUGGCGAAUGCCUCUCGCCGCAGUGGGCUUGAGACAAGAGCAGUGUGGGGCAGAUUGGUGUGUGUGGCAGAGUGUGCGGCCUCAAUGACAUGCGCUGAACUCUGAGCAGAGCAGUAUGGUGUAUAUAUGAUGCUGCUGCUCGAGGGCACGACUCUUUUCAUCUAGGGGUGGUUUGGCUUUUGCUGGUUGGUGUUGUCAGUGAAUUGACGUUGCUGGUGUUUUGGCCCCUGUGAUCGAGAGGGGUUGCGGUGGCAGUGAGUUGUUGGUUGGUUCCUCGAACCCAUAACGCGUUCGAGAUUUGAAAAAUUGUUGGGCUGCUCAGCAAUGCAGAUCAUCUUGGCGUGAAGGGGCGAAACACAAGCGAGCAUACAGUUCUCUGAUUGGAUGGUUGGCGAGUUGGUUGUGCUUGGUAGGUGAUGAGGUAGUAGAGAGAUCACCGUGGAGUGCGUAAAUACAGACUGGCGUUGGCGUUGCGUUUGCGUUUUUGACUCUUUUGUCACAUUUGUUUGUGCGCUUGUACACUUGGUGUUGUCUAUUCCUUGUCGUUCCGUGCGAACGCCAAGUGUUAAGUCUUUGGUAUAGCUUCUUUCACCAUCACAACCCCUUCUACAGUUGCCAAGCAGGGACUUUGAGGUGUCCAGUGGCUUGAGGGAAACGACUGCCGUGGGGUGAGUGGGUGGUCGGUUCUCCACUUGAACUUUGAUGACCGCUCAUCUGGUUUCUUGGAUGCGGUCGGCAAGCAAUCACCUGAGGUAUAGCUGUAGAAUCUAUAUGGUUGCUUCUUCCCUUUCUUUGUCUUCUAUCACUAGGGCCUUUCCCCACUCUAAACCGAAGGACAGUAGUGAGUGUAGGUUUGCGGCAGUGUCAUGGACACUAGGAAACGCAGCUUUGUUGGAUUCGUCAAGGCCCCUUGCCAGUAAUUCGUCCUCCACUGACCAUCCCUUUCCUCCUGGUUUCACCCAUCAUCACCUCCUCGUCUAGUUCUUUCAUCUCCCUAAGUACCUGUCUAUUUCUUCUCCCAGGUACUUCUCUAUCUACUCUCCAUCUCUCUGCACCUAUCGCUCCCUCCGCUAGUCCUAUAUAUUCGCAAGAUACUUGUCAGUUGGGCAAUGCUGCUUGGGGUGCUCAGUCCCACAAACCCAGCGAUUCGCAUCUGACCUGUUUGUCUGCAUUCCUGGAGUUGGAGUUAUCUCUUGUGGAUGCAGCGCUAUAAAUCUCCAGUGCCUGCUCCGUGAUUUCCUUGGUGAUUUUCAUCCGUCCCCUUCCUGAUUGCAGGGUCCUUUGCUAGAGUCCAUAGCUAGUAGUUUGUACAGUGGACAUUGCUGUAUGGCCGGUGGCAGGUGGCGUUGCAAAUAUUGCUGCAUGGCAGG